AUGGCUCCUAAGGUAUUCCUCACCGGUGCAACUGGCUAUAUUGGCGGCGAUGGGUUGUUUGCCGUUGCCAGCGCCCAUCCUGACUGGCAAUUCUCGGCCCUAGUCCGUAGCCAGGAAAAGGCUACUCAGGUGACAAUCAAAUACCCACAGAUUCGGACUGUGAUUGGAGAUCUAGACUCGUCCGAGCUGAUCGAGGAGGAAGUCAAGAACGCAGACAUUUUUUUCCACUUCGCCGAUGCCGAUCAUGUUGCUGGAGCCCAGGCCAUGGCCAAGGGUGCUCAACAUCACACGCCGGAGCGCCCAUUGUGGUGGAUCCACACUUCGGGCUCUGCUAUCCUGGCAGUAGAGGAUUCGCGUGCUGGCACAUACGGCAUUGAACGUCCUAAGCAAUAUGACGACUGGGAGGGUGUCAGCGAGCUAGUCAAUCUUCCAUCAGAUGCUUUCCAUCGUAACGUGGAUGAGAUCGUCCUUGGUGCUGGUUUGCAGAACCCGACCAGCGUAAAGGUCGCAGUCGUCUGCCCUCCCACCAUCUAUGGCCCUGGACGCGGCCCUGGUAACACCAAGAGUAUCCAAGCCUACUUGCUCAGUGCUGCGGUGCUGAAGCGCAAACAGGGCCUCUUGAUCGGGAAAGGUGAGAACGUCUGGCACCAGGUCCACGUCCAUGAUUUGAGCAAUGUGUACCUGGCGCUGGGUGAGGCUGCCUCGAUGGGAGGGGGCAAGGCUACUUGGAAUGACAAGGGUUAUUACCUCGCUGAAAAUGGGUCCUUUGUUUGGGGUGAUAUCCAGCGCGCAAUUGCACAGUCUGCCUUUGAUAAGAAGCUUAUUGCUUCUCCUGAUGUCGUAUCUCUUGAUGAGGCUCAGACGAAUGAGGUCCUUUUUGGCGGAAUAUAUGCCUGGGGCUCUAACUCCCGUGGCAACUCAAUCCGUGCACGCAAGCUCUUUGGUUGGGCACCCCAGAAGCCUAAGCUGAUUGAUCUUGUUCCUGAGAUUGUUGAGGGAGAGGCUAAGGCUCUUGGGUUGCUCUGA